CCGCGGGAUAACUUUCCAUCAUGUAAAUAAAGUCUCCACCUCUGCACUCCACAGGGUCAUGCUCCUUGUAUCUCUGGGGUAACCCUGCUACUGGCAUCACACUCACUGUGGGGUUUCCUCGGGGCCCAGGCUCAGUCACCAUCUUCCCCACAAUGCUCAGCACCUCCUGCUCACACCCGAUCCGGAUUUGUGUCCCUGUCCCAGCUCUGAGCUGCCAGCCAUGGGGAGGCGCCUUCAAUUCCUUUGUGCAGGCCUCUAUCCAGCAGAAAACCUACAGACCCUCCGCUCCCAGGGGAUCGCAGCCCCCCGGGACACAGGGCCAGAUUCUCAUUCACACCAAGCCCCCGGCACACCCCCCUGGCUGCGCAAAGGGCCCUGACAGUGGGUGUCAAUGUACUGGGUGCCCCGUCGAAGGCCCUUUCCAUUGCCAGAGCCGUGUCAAGGGGCCCCGGGUAACAGAAUUCCUAGCGUGACAGGCUCUCCGGUGCAAUAGACAGAACCAUCCAGUAUCGCAGGAGCCGUGUCUGGUUCAGACCCUUUCAGCCCUGAGCAAUUAGAGGAACCUUCCCCGACCCAGCGCCCUGGGCUGCUUUGAGCUCAUUGCGCCACUUACCACAAAGGAAAGAGCAUCUUGUGGGGGAAGUUGCAGAGCUGUGGGGCGGGUCAUUUCUCUGCAGCCUCUCGGCACCAUCAGGGAUCGGCCACUCAGCCAGACCCUGCCGGCCAACCCGCUCCGGCUCUGUUCGGUCAGGACACCCGUUAUAUGGACUGACGGCCGCCCGCUCUGCCUGCCCCUCGCUGCCAGGAUGGAGGGGGCUCUGCGGCCUUCCCUUCUCUUGCUCCUGCUGGUUUUACAGCCCGACGGGCCCGGCAGAGCUGGGGCAGGCGCGACGGAGCUGAGCAGGAUUGUGGGGGGCUCCGUCACUUUCCCCCUGGGGAUCCCAGCAGAGCAAGUUAGAGCUGUUGCCUGGACAGUAAACACAACGAGGAGUAUAGUAACUGUGGUAGCAGGAAACCCCCCCGCAUUCAUUGUGACCGACCCAUCCUACGAGGGACGCCUGAGAGUCCCCGAGAGCAACUCGCUUCAGAUCACCAGCCUGAGGAUGGAGGACACGGGCACCUACGGAGCUCAGAUCAGCACAGCUACAGGCACCAUCCACAGAGCCUUCCUGCUGCGCGUGUACAAGCAAGUACCGGAGCCAACUGUCCUCUGUGACUCAGUGACCUGUGUGACUGAAACCUGUAACUACAACCUGCGCUGCACCGUCGGGGAUGGAGGGGACAAUGUGACCUACAGCUCGACUCACACAGCAGGGGGCGCUGUGGUACCCAAUGGGUCCGUUCUGCACAUCUCUCUGCUCCCCCGGGAUGCUCCCGUGAAUGUCACCUGCACAGCCCAGAACCCCGUCAGUCACAGCUCCACAACCGCCUCUGCAAAGGGCCUUUGUGCAGGGCCCGGCAGAGCUGGGGCAGGCGCGACGGAGCUGAGCAGGAUUGUGGGGGGCUCCGUCACUUUCCCCCUGGGGAUCCCAGCAGAGCAAGUUCGAAUUGCUGCCUGGACAGUAAACACAACGAGGAGCAUAGUAACUGUGGUAGCAGGAAACCCCCCCGCAUUCAUUGUGUCCGACCCACCCUACGAGGGACGCCUGAGAGUCCCCGAGAGCAACUCGCUUCAGAUCACCAGCCUGAGGAUGCAGGACACGGGCACCUACGGAGCUCAGAUCACCACAGCUCCAGGCACUUCCAGCAUCCACAGAAACUACACGCUGCGCGUGUACGAGCAAGUACCGGAGCCAACUGUCCUCUGUGACCCAGUGACCUGUGUGACUGAAACCUGUAACUACAACCUGCGCUGCACCGUCGGGGAUGGAGGGGACAAUGUGACCUACAGCUGGACCCACACAGCAGGGGGCGCUGUGGUACCCAAUGGGUCCAUUCUGCACAUCUCUCUGCGCCCCCGGGAUGCUCCCCUGAAUGUCACCUGCACAGCCCAGAACCCCGCCAGUCACAGCUCCACAACCGCCUCUGCAACGGGCCUUUGUGCAGCUCCCCCACCAGCCCCGGCCUCCUCGCUGUCCUACUGCCACCUCAAGGGGAUCGUCCUGCUGCUGGUGCUGGGAGCCCUGAGCGCCGGGAUCAUCGCGGUGCACGUCCUCCCCGGCAGGGCGCGGAGACGGGACUGAGAACAGAGGAGCUGCCACUGCGCCUGCCAAUCCCGCCUGGGCGUUCCCAGCCCCCCAGCCCGAGGAUGCUCCGGGGGCCGCUCGCUCGCAGCUUCCGAAGGGUGAACGUCACUGAGUGGGAGGAGGGGAAGUAUCGGGUCCCUCUGUGGGGCGGGAGAUGUGCUGGAGAAUGCGCCCUGCUCAGUGGCGCCCUCUGGCAGCCGCCGGCAGCACAACAGGUGCGCCUGCCUCAGUUUCCUCCCAUCGUCCUUCUGAAAAGACCCCAGUGUCUAACCGUACCCCUCCCUGGGGCUGAUGUAUUGUCCCAGCGUGUAAACCUUUCCCAGUGACUCCCUGCCAUGCCCGCUCCCCCCCGGGCUCUCCCCCCUCCAUGGCACCCGGCUCUCUGGGGACAGGAGCUCACCUCCAGCUGCACCUGGUUAAUGCCCCAGGCAGGCCAGCCGCGGCCUCUGGCCGUUAAAGGGGCCGAACACCCUGUCACGGAGGCACUUUCCCUCCCACUGUGCUCUGGGGCCGAUGACUGCGCAGGGCAGGGUGAUGGAGAGCCAGGACCAAGGGGUUUGUCCCGGGAGAAACUCAGCUGCCUCGUGAACCCAGGACUGGCCCUAAAAACAGGGGACUCCAGCCUGGUGUAGACCCAGCUUCUGCACCAGUGUCACUGCAGAUCAGUGGGGUGAUUUUCUACGGAUCCAGUGAAAGCCCUGCCUCCCUGACUGGGGGUGCCCUUGUCUCAGUGGAAAGGGGCUUCUCUGGGUGCAGCCCCUGCACCUCUGUAACUGUCUCGGUUUCUAAACCAAGCCUGUGUGGAGACAAGCCCUUAGGAAUUACACCCGGCCAGUGUAGUCCAGCGUCCCUGUUCCAGCCCUGCCCUGCGUCCGCUACUUCAGAGGAAGGAGAAACACACCCCCUACUGGGCAAUUCUGGAAUAACCUGCCCACAUGAGAAGAAUUUUUCUCACCCACACACAGAGAAGUUGGUUUAUACCCUGGUGCCAAAGAGUUAAUGUCCCUUCCACAUUCUCUCUCUCCUCCCCAGCAGAGCCAUGAAUGUCCUUGCUAUUCAGACAGGUCCAGGGUGUGUUGUAUUUUAAUCCUGCAAAAGCUUGACAGAGCAAUAAUAUCCAGUGGCAAUGAGUUCCAUGGGAUAACUUUCCAUCAUGUAAAUAAAGUCUCCACCUCUGCACUCCACAGGGUCAUGAUCCUUGUAUCGCUGGGGUAACCCUGCUACUGGCAUCACACUCACUGUGGGGUUUCCUCAGGGCCCAGGCUCAGUCACCAUUUCCCCACAAUGCUCAGCACCUCCUGCUCACACCCGAUCCGGAUUUGUGUCCCUGUCCCAGCUCUGAGCUGCCAGCCAUGGGGAGGCGCCUUCAAUUCCUUUGCGCAGGCCUCUAUCCAGCAGAGAACCUACAGACCCUCUGCUGCCAGGGGAUCGCAGCCCCCCCGGGACACAGGGCCAGAUUCUCGUUCAUGCCAAGCCCCCGUC